CGACACGGCAACUGAACCUCCUCAAGAAGAAAGGUUCACUUAUAGCAUCAUUGUAGUGCUUCCAAAGAGAACGGACUUUCAGGAAACAACCUGACGAUAUCGAGUCUUGCAGCCAGCAACAUUUCCCCAAUAAGCAUUUGAGUUGACCACGCAAGUUGUCGCGCUGGGUCAAGCUUCAUUCCGCCCUUUAUUACUGCAAUCGCCGUGUCAACGUUCUACAUGAGAUGAGGCCAUCACAAUGACCGUAUUCUCCCUCGUCAUCAUCAACAAGGCCGGUGGCCUAAUCUAUAACAGGACGUUUCACGAAGGUGGCCUGAACAAGAUCAGCACCAACGACUACCUCGUCCUGGCUGGAACCUUUCACGGCGUUCACGCAAUCACAGCCCGUCUAAACCCCGUCAAGUCCGCUCCGGAGCGGCCUCUAUCUAACAGCAUCCCCGGCGUGCCAGGCGGGAUCCUGACGCGGCCGGAACCGCCUUCGGGUCUGGAAGUGCUCGAGUCGGAGAACUUCCGACUGCAGUGCUUCAACACGCUGACGGGGGUCAAAUUUCUGUUGUUUACCGACACGACGCAGACAAACGUGGACGUGAUCAUCAGGCGCAUCUACGACCUCUACUCGGAUUACGUCAUGAAGAACCCUUUUUACCAACUCGAAAUGCCGAUCCGGUGCGACAUGUUUGACCGGAAGCUGUUGUCGUAUAUCAGGGAGGUUAACAACAGGUAGUGAUAGUGAGUGGGGUUCUACAGCACGAGGGAUCAGUAAGAGAAGGGGUGAGGAAUGGUAUCAAGUUAUCAUGUCAUGUCUGUCAAACGGAGUUACGUGGCGUUUAUCUUUUGGAAAUGGUUGGGCGGGCGGUCAAAGGGUCAUGAUAGAAUAGCUUCAUGCUCAAAAGAUGGGCGGUAGGUAGUUGCCCAUGUAAUACCAUGGCGAGUCUAUUGUACACAAAUACAGCCAGCGCCUAUGGUAGUUGUCCC